CAAGGCAGCUGAGCAGAUGAAGAGAUGCAGAUCUUUGUGAAGACCCCGACAGGCAAGACCAUCAUCCUCAAGGUCGAGCCCAGAGAUACUGCUGAGAAUGUCGAAGCCAAACUCCAAGGCAAGGAGGGCAUCUCCCCUGAUCAGCAGCAUCUGAUUUUUGUGGGCAGAUGGCCGGAGGAUGGCUGCACGCUCAGGCGACAAUACCCAGAAAAAGUCCACUUGGUACUUCGCCUGUGGUGUAGCAUCAUCCAACCUUCCCUCCGCCGGGUGACCCAGAAACACAACUGCGACAGGAUGAUCUGCCCCAAGCGUCAUGGUUGCCUGCAUCGUGCUGUCAACUGCCAGAAAAAGUGCGGCCACACCACCCAUACCUGUGCUCCGAGAAGAUCAAAUAAGGAGCGACCCGGCCAUCUUUGGGGCAAAGUGCCUGGCUCGGUGCCCCUGCUGCGCUCUGCACAGCCCGGGAGUGCCCUCCCGCCGCCCGCCGCCUCCGGGCUGGAGCAAAAUGUGCAAUGCGCUCUCGCCGAGACCGGAUCCGCUGUCAGCCGUGAGACGUCAGGUGCGCACUGCAGUGACCGCAGGAGCAGCCAGCGGUUUUGCCCCAGCCAAGUGGCAGCACUGCCAAUAUGGCCCAACAGUCUUCAGGACAAUGCUUGUGUGACCCUGAAGUUCACCUAUGGCCAGGCAGUUCAGUUGUCAGGCACCUUCCAGGGACCAGAUGGAAAAUUAUCUAUACUUACACACCAAUCCAUAGCUACCAUGUAG